UUGUGACAACUGUCAACGCCUUUGCAUUUUUAUACGUUCUUCUUGUAUUAUCAAAGAAUGACUAAUUUUCGUGAGUGUGUUUUUGUUUAACAAAAAAAUUAUUAAAAAAAAAAUAAAAGAAAAAUUAUUAUUAAUUUUAUGGAAUAAUUAUAAAAAUAAUAAAGAAUUUUGAAAGCAGUGCAUAAAAUAUUACAUAAAUAAAAGAAACAAGUUAUUGAGAGUGUUAAGGAUUCAAUAUGAAAAAACAAUUUACCAAAAUUAAAAUAGCAGCUGAAAAUCUUUCAAGAUCUACCAAACCAGAUCGCAAGGAUUUUGAAUUAGACACCAUCGAAAAACAAGUGGAAAAAUAUCGUGAUGUCUUGGAUAAAAUGGUGCGUAAAUUGCCGACUGUGCCCAACAGCAGUAGCAGCGGUGGCUCAGCCGAUUUACAGGAGCGCGAUAAGCGUAUUAAAAAACAAACACAUUAUAAAAUUGGCCAAGCCCUGGAAGAAUCCUCCAAGGAAUUAUCGAAAGAUAUGCCUUUGCAUUAUGUUUUAGUUAAUUGUGGCGAACUUGAAAAGUCAAUUGCUGAGUGUAUUGUUGACAGUGAAUUGGAAACAGAAUGCGAAGUGGUGCGGCGUCUUAAAUUAAUUUUAGACAAUGAAAUACAAGAGAUCUCAACCUUAAAGCGUAAUGUAUCCCGUACGCUGCAAGAAUAUGCAUCAUUAAAACGAAAUUAUGAGGCUGCCAUACGUCUAGAUGAGCCCCUGGCGAAAAUCAAUCACAUUAAAGAUCAACAGGAACAAUGUGAGAUAAAAUUGGAAAAGGAGCGUGACUCGUGGGCUGCUCAAAUGUUUGAACUGAUUGCCAAAGAAGAUGUCAUUGUCCAAUGCAUACGAGAUUAUGUACUCAACCAAAGAAACUAUCAUGAGCGUGCUUUACAAAAGGUCAACACCUCAUUGGCAAACAUACAAGAUAUUAUACAGUCCACGGUGAAGUCACGUUUUGGCACCUCGCUCACCGAUCACCUGGACUCUACAAAUCGUGAAAUAUCCUAUAUUAUUGAGUUGUGUGUCUGCUGUUUGGUGGAGAAUGGCCUCAGCGAAGAGGGUUUGUUGCGUGUUGGCUGUGCUAGUACGAAAUUGAGACGCAUGAAACAUGCUUUGGAGGCCCAAUACGUCAAGACCCCUUUGCCGGUCGACUAUCAGGAUCCCCAUGUGAUUGGUUCUAUUUUGAAAUUGUAUUUACGCGAACUACCUGAACCCCUGUUGACCUUCAAAUGCUACAAAGAAUUUUUGCGGGCCGUGGAGAAACACACCGAGGAGGAGCGUAAAAUUGAGAUUAAAAACACUUUGGCCAAACUGCCCUCUGCAAACUAUCUAAAUUUACGUUAUCUAACCAAAUUUCUGUGGUUGGUUACCCAGAAUGUCGACUGCAAUAAAAUGAGCUCACACAAUUUGGCCAUUGUUAUGUCGCCGAAUAUGUUGUGGCCUCGAUUGGACAAAAACAAUCCAGCCGAUUAUAUGGGCCAGGUGAAUAGUUCAUCGGCUGUAAAUAUCAUUGUAGAGCUGUUGAUUAGCCAAUGGGAUUAUUUCUUUGAGGGCGAGGUGGAUUUCUUUGCCACAUUACAGCGUGGCAAGUUGUUUGUGGAGGAUAAAAGUAAAUCGAAUUCAUCCAAUGAAAAUUUAGAUCGUCAUGAUAUGUGUGACAUCUCCGAAAGUCCCCGCUAUGGUACCAUACGACGCCAAAAGCCCUGUGCUCCCUCACCACCCACAAAACUACUAAAUAUUGUUAGCUCCGAUCCAAAUGGUUCAUCAACGGCCGAUACAAUGGCCAAUAAAAACAAUGGAGAACUGCAGCAUAAUAAUCACCAAAGAGCUAAAGAACUUUUUCCCACAAACAACACAACCACCGCUCAGGUGGUGGCUAAUAAUAACAACAAUAGCACUGGCGGCCAUACAGAGAAACCUGAAAUACCACCAUUACCUAAACAAUUGCUUUUACAACAGCAGCAACAGCAACCGCAGACACAACCAGAAUCCAAUAAUUUUACGACAACGAACUCACAACAUCCUCCCAUUUCAGCCAAACCGGUGCCCAUGACUCGUACACAAUUCUUCGGUUUGGACAAUCUACCCUCACCCACUGCGGAUCGCAAAAGUAAUGACAGCGUUAGCUCCCUAAACUUUAAACCUGAUCUCCCACAAAAACCAAAAAUCCCCAAACGUCCCAUGGUAUUGGGUUUAACAUCGACCACUGCUACAGGGGGAGGUGGUGGCGGUGGCAUGGGCUAUAAAAGUGAUGACGAAUGCACACCAACUAACAACAGCCUAACUGCUGAAGAUUGUACUGCCACAAAUGGCACACUGCGUGGUCAUAAAACUGCCGAACAAUUGGUACAAGAACAUUGUGAUAAUGUUACAGCUUUACAGGCCAAUAUUGGCAGCAGCAAUACCUCUAUACCCUCAGCUAUACUUAAAGAAACCAAUCAUAACAACCACUUAAAUCACUCGACUACUAAUCAAGUUAAUUUGGAAGUGAAUGCUAAUGCAAUGCCUCCGCCCGUUAUACCUCCUCCUCCGGCUGUUACAGUGGCAAAAGUUAUGACAACAAAUUCAAAUAAUUCUAAUGUAACAAAUCUUACAAUAGCAAACACUAACACGUCAUCAUCGUCCGCUAACACAGAUAAACCUUUAGAGUUACGCUUAACUACCCCCACUACCCCUGUAUCGCCCAACAUGAUUAUGACACCCAAACGACCUACAGUGCCUGCUCCACCCCCGCCCACUAGUGUUAAAAAACAGGUCGAAUGAUUUCAUUUUUAAGAUGAUGUGAUGUGAUUUAGUGAGUGCUUGUGUUAAGUGUGUGUAGAAGUUUUGUUUUUUUAUCAUUUUGAUUUCAAAAGAAGAUUUAUAUUUUAAGUUUUUGAAAAAGCAGGUUAUGAAUAUUACAGUGAUUUAUUUUGAAAUAAAUUGGCUGAAAUGUAAAGGCAUAAUUGAAAUGUUUUUGAAAUUAC